AGCGCGGGCCGUCGAGGGCACCAACCUGCCAACAUGGUGCUCACCGAGGAAGACAAGGCUAGGGUGCGCGCCUGCUGGGGCCCCGUGAGCAAGAAUGCCGAACUCUACGGAUCGGAAGCCCUUACUAGGCUCUUCGCCGCUCACCCAGCCGCCAAGACCUACUUCCACCACUUCGACGUGAGCCCCGGCUCCAGCGACCUCAAGACGCACGGCAAGAAAGUCAUCGACGCCAUCACCGAAGCCGUCAACAACCUGGACGACGUGGCCGGAGCCCUCUCCAAGCUCAGCGACUUGCACGCCCAGAAACUCCGCGUGGAUCCCGUCAACUUUAAGCUGCUGGGCCACUGCCUGGAGGUAACCAUCGCCGCUCACAACGGUGGGCCCCUCAAAGCCGAAGUCCUUUUGUCCCUUGACAAGUUCCUCUGCAAAGUCGCCAAGGUCCUGGUGUCCAGGUACCGCUAAGAAGGAGAGCGCGCACGCCCUGCCUGUGCUGGGAAAGAAUGGCCCUCUUCCUCUCCGGUCUCUCCCCUCCUUCCUUCCUUCCUGGAUGAACCUCCUUCAACAUCUCUUGCCUGCAUGUCUUCUGCUCUGUGGGGGUUCCCUCCUGGAACCCUAAUGUGGGCAUCUCCUCGGAGCCCUGAAUUGCUAGUUGCCCUGUGGCUGCGUUGACCAAGCCAAGGUCUGUGCUCUCCGCAGUGGGACUGAGCAACUGAAGAUCUAAAGGUGCGGAUGAUUCAACCACCCUCAUGUCAUCCGCCACCCUUAAUUUCUGAGCUGGUUCUACUUCCACUGUUGUUGCAAACUAUUGUUUCCAUUGCUUUCUCUCCCUUGUCGAAUCUUCAUUAUUACAACAAAUCAAUAAAAGCACAGGAAAAGAGGUGCAAUCGCCUUUU